CCCGACCCCUACCAACCAGGAAGCGAGAAAAGAGAGAGACGAGCGACGGCCGGAGGAGGAGGAGGAGGAGGCUAGGUUUCCCGGUGGGCGAUGGCGCGGCGCGGGCGUGUGGAGCUGCGGCGGAUCGAGGACCGGACGAGCCGGCAGGUGCGUUUCUCCAAGCGCCGCUCGGGGCUCUUCAAGAAGGCCUUCGAGCUCUCGCUCCUCUGCGACGCCGAGGUCGCGCUGCUCGUCUUCUCCCCCGCCGGAAAGCUCUACGAGUACUCCUCCUCCAGCAUAGAAGGUACAUAUGAUCGCUAUCAGAGAUUUGCCGGAGCCGGAACUAGCGUGAAUGGAGGCAAUUUAAGUAGCAACAAUGAUGGUGAUCCUUCAAACAUACAGUCAAGGCUUGAAGAGAUCGCUUCCUGGUCUCUUCAAAACAAUGCUGAUGACUCUGAUGCCAAUAAGCUAGAGAAACUGGAGAAACUCCUGACAGAUGCUUUGAGGAAUACAAAAUCCAAGAAGAUGUUGGCGCAACAAAAUAGCGGUGCAAGCACGGGUGCGAGCGGCGAGCACUCCAAUGGCCUUAGGGGUCAGGAGGGAGGAAGGACUUGAGCAUUCAUGUGUUGUGCCUGCAUCCUGUACAAGGGAAGAAGCUCUGCUGCAGAUUCAACACUUAAUGGAAGAGUUGUCAGGGCUGCUGCUUGUAUGGUGUAAUGCAGGAGGGUGCAAAUUCAAUAAAAGGGUGGUGGGUUAAUACUGAGAGGUUCUUUUUUUACCUUGUGCCUUUCGGAUUGUGUGUGAUAUUCAUAUGCAACUGAAUGUUCGCUCUCUCGAAACAAAACAAAAAACAUGCAACUGAAUGGGCAAUCAGUUUACGUGGACGCACUUUACAUAAUACAGUACAAAUCAGUUUGGGAGGGUCAUAUUCAUCGUAUCUGCAUUAAUCAAAGUGUCAGGCUGGUUCGUGAUUCCAAACUGCCUAUGUGAGAAGAAAUAAGUAGUUUGUGGUGUGAAACAAACUGUUUAUUUGGCCCUCAUUUGCUGUUACAGAAUUUGCAGUGUUUCCCCUUGGGUGUAGCAGAUGUGGACUUUGGUCUGGGCCUUGUUAGUGUUUGUGGAACCAAUGUAUAUGUUGUGGAGAAACCAUGUAAUAAUGUACAGUUGUCCGCAGAAAAAAACAUGUUUCGUUUAGUGCGUUA